AUGGCUGAAAAUCCAUCGCCAAGUGAUUCUCGUCGGAGCCAGCCGAGUCAGCGGCCAGCGGGAACAGUGGGAUCCCAAGAAGCAUCAACCGAGCAGACUGUUCAACAUGGCCCUCGGAGCUCAGCCAGACUGGCAGGAGCUCAUCUGCCGCCAGACCCUUCUAUUUCUACAUCGCCUCGUCGUUCAACACGGCUGAAUUCCACUCAGCGUAGGUGA